GAAGUUUUUGAGUGACAAGUUUUCUGACCCAAAUGGCUCGUACCAAGCAGACUGCACUGAAAUCCACCGGAGGAAAGACGCCGAGGGUGAGCCUGGCGACCGUCGCCGCCCGCAAAUCUGCCCCGCCCACCGGAAGAGUGAAGAAGCCCCACCGUUACAGGCCUGGCACUGUUGCUCUGAGGGAGAUCCGCAAGUACCAGAAGAGCACUGACCUUCUCAUCCCGAAGCUUCCAUUCCAGAGGCUGGUCAAGGAGAUCGCUCAAAACUUCAAGGCUGAUCUCCGCUUCCAGAGCAGCGCCGUCUGGGCUCUUCAAGAGGCCGCAGAAGCGUUUUUGACUGGUUUGUUCCAAGACACCAACCUCUGUGCCAUUCAUGCUAAGAGGGUCACAAUCAUGCCGAAGGACAUUCAGCUCGCCCGUAGGAUUAGAGGCGAGAGGCCUUAGGGUUUA